UUCUUCAGCUUAAGGUUUUUAUCACACUACAAGCUGUUUAGGAUGACACAUUUGUGCAGCGAAGAGUUGUGUGUCAACAACAAAUGUAUUCAGGAUUCAGUAACCUGGGAAUGUGCAUUAGCCAAAAGCAGAAAGGGACGCUAUUAAAAUUGAAAUAGGGAUAGAAAAUGAACAUUGUGUGAAUUGCUUAUCUGGAUUAUAUUUCCUCAGAAGCUGUGUGCUCAGUACGCACUCUCACAGUCUGAGACUGUUGUCCAUAUUACAGAUUAAGGCUCUAAAUGUGAAAGCAGAAGAUAGCCUCAGGAACUCAGAACUCAUGAAGCCUGUAAAACCCUACUUUACACCAGUCACUGAAGGGAAGGGGAAGGAUCUUCCGUAGGUCCAGUGUGUUGCGUCCUGCAUGUUGUCUCUGGCAAGAAGUAAGUGUAUUUGUUUUAUUUCCCAGGUCUAUUAUUCCUGUGGGGCGGUGGUGGAGUCAAUGGAAAGAGGCCUGAUUUUAUCACCAGGAUUUCCAAACAACUACUACCCGGGGACACACUGCGUUUGGCAAUUUUUCAUUCCUGUAAGAAUGCAUCUUAUCUUGGAAAUUUUUGACUUUGACAUUUUUGAGAGCUCUAGUGAAACUCCAACCCCCUGGGAUGGCUUUCCAGCUGCUGCCAUAACACGAAAUAAGGAUGUGACUCCUCCCGAGGAAAACCUGGACUUUGUUCUCCAGACUACAAAAUCCUCUCUUCAGAGCUGGAUGUCGAAGGCAGCUCAGAAUCUGAGCGGUGCAGGAGAUCAGUCAAAAGGGCUUCCUGGCCACCUGGACGAACUUCCAGGAGCAGCCUCAAAGAAAGAUGAAGCCAAACAGAUGUCUGAAGGAAACCAGUCAAAACAGAUGAAGGAACCCAAAGCGAUUACGGAGACUCAAACAGAAGAACAGCCAUCAUCACCUGAUUCUGGUGGUGCCAAAACACAGAGGCAAAAUGCUAGCAGUCAAGAAACAAAAGAAGGCUGGAAAGGCAAUAUUUUGUUUGCCCACCUAGCUGCUAGUGAGAGAGAUGAAAGUCUGGGAGAGAGCUGGACGCUUCCCACAACAAUACUGCCAGUGGAAAUCUCCAGCCAGCAGCCGGCAGUGGAUGUCUGCCCCCACGAUGUACUCUAUGUUUCAGAUCUCAUCACGUUUUCCUCUCGUUUCUGUGGACCAAAUUCACCUUUAAACAGGACCAUGGUCUUUGGGUCGUCUCUGGAAAUGGUUGAGGUUAUCAUGGAACUCAUUACCACCACCAACCGGGGCAGAGGCUUCGCAAUGCUCUUUGAAUACAAGAACAUCACGGAACCCAACAGCGUGGAUGCUGUGAGGCAGGAGAGAACAGAAAACAUACUGAUGCUGGCAGUUCUAACAGGGACUGUCUUCUUUGCACUUGCUUUGCUCUCUGCCCUCUGCAUAGCUUGCAGGCAGAGAACGUGCCCCAAAAGGAGCUCAUCCAACGUAUGCAGUGACCAGGAGAAUGGGAUCCAGAACUCCGCUGUUGAUAUCAAUGAGCUCCAGCUCGUGGUGCCAAGUCGGGAGAAUGAAAACAACAACCACUCUGUCAGCCGGGAGCAGGCGGUCACUUCCUGCAGAGGCAGCACAGAUCAGUCUCCUCAGGAUACUGACCCAGACGUGCCCUCUUCCACCUCUGCAGUGACCACCGAGACAGGGAGCGAUGAAGUGUUUAUUAUUUCUGCUGGACCCGGAGCCAGUGGACUGAGCUUUACUACCUACAGAAUACAGGACAAAAACCUAAAAAGAAGUGUCACAAGCCCAGCUUCUGUGUCUGACUGGGUGACUUCUGGUCACAUGGCUGCAGGAGCAGAUACUGUUGAGAAGAGGAAUGUCCAGAUGGAAAAUCAUCAUCCCAGACAACGCACGUGGAGUGCCCGCACUUUCCAUGACUUCCUGGCUCCGAUACCGCAGCUACAAAAAAAGUGGUGUAGCUGGACCACCAAUAGUCCCUUCACAAAGCUGGUUGACAACAGUGGUUUUCCUACAUCUGCAAGAAUCCAAGGUGUUCCAAGCAGAAAGGUGAUUUCAGCCACUGAGAUAGAGGGAGCUUCAGAAACGGUUUACUCUGAUUCAUCUGUCAGCAAUGCCUCUUACCCUCUCACUCUGUCUGCACAAAGGCAGCGGAAGCUAAGCUCCUGCAACCUGAAGAAAUCCAGGUUUGGAAAUCCUUACUUUGGAUUUUUUGCUGGUUCCCCUGACAACAAACGUGUGAGGUCCUUGGAUUCUUCAAGACAUCUAGGAGCAGCAUCUCCAGUUAACAGCCAAAGCCCCAAGAGCACUCUAGAGAGCUCCAACCCCUUGAAAAUCAACUUGGCCAAUGCUUCAAAAACAAAGGACCUUGGGGGAGAAGCGGAUAAAAACAAACCAGUUUUUGUCAUUUCUGAAGAAGGAGAUGAUCAGCAGCCUCUGGUCCUAGCUGAACAUCUUAGUCAAUGUGGAGAUCAUCUGUCUGAACCAAAUGCUGUGUAUGCAGUAACAGUGCCAGAUAAACAACCAGUGGUUCUGACUGUUGAGGGUAACAGUUCUGCCAGUUUAACAUCAAAUCUUCCAUUUUGGGCAAAAUCUCCUGGUUUAUACAAAGGUCAGGUAAAGGUCCCUAACUCUUCCAAGGACAAGCAGAGCUCAUCAGUGGUAGAUACUAAUACUAGUGAGACCUCACAGAACUUUGAUACCCUAGCUGCUCCUACACUAUGUCAAGCUUCAGUCCAGUGAUGCUCUCAGAAAGACCGAACCACCAGUUCACAAAAAGAGAGGCAGCAGGCACAUGAACAGAGUGGAAGCAGUGCCAAACAGUUGUGUGACAGCUAUACAUGGACACAACUUUGUUCACAGAUAGUCUUUGCCUCACCACUGGGAUUACAGCUAUACGUACUACAGAACAGCACAAAUACCAUCCUCCCUUUUACUCAUUAACCUCAAACCUAUUCUUCUGCAUGGAAUUUUGAUAUGCUUUAUUCAUGAAAGCAUCUGAAAAGGUAUUUCACACUGCAGGAAAUCUUUUCUGGAAUGAGAUAUGAAAGUCAUCUGAGAUGGUUACAUCAUGGUUUAUAUCUGAAAUGUAAGUCAGUCCUCUGUCACUGCGGUACCACUUGGGUCUUUCUGGUAGAAGCUAUGAGUUAAAUUGUGCUCAUAGCUGUGCCUGUACAAGAAAGAAUUCAUCUUGCAUGUUUGCAUACUGUUUUGUAAACAAUUCUAAACAUUUCAUAACUUCUGCACUCUAGCACAAAGUUUACCAAGCAUUAACAUCUCUAAUAUUAAAAAUCAUGAUUAUCUCACAUACUAACUCAUUAAAGAAGAGUGCAGAUAAGCUGAGCAAAACUAUACUGUAUGCUAAUUUUAUUGAAGUCUGACCUAGCUUUAUUUUUGUUAGAUAUACAUAAGCUUACAAUGCCUCAGUCCACUACAUUUUUUAAGCAACUCCUCCUGGCAACAGGAACAUGUGUACAAAAAUACUGAAAUACUCAUUAGGAAUAGUCUUCAGCAUCCAACACUUGGAUAUUUGCAGCUGCUCUGCUCCUAUAUUCACCAACUAUUUAUUACUGGUAACGCACACUGACUGGAGAACUAUUUCCCAUCCUUUUGCAGGCAAGACUUAAGAGGCAAAAUCAAGUGUAGCAAACUGUGAUUUUUUAUUUUAUUUUUUUUUUUUGAAGAAAAUAAGUACCUGUGCCACUCUGAUUACAAAUCCAGGGCAGACUGUGGAGCACAGAACCAAAGGGAAGCUUGCUUGUCCUAUUGCCUUUAAUAAUCCCAUCACUGUUAUAAUUACCUUUUGGUGAUAUUUUCCUGUCUUUGCUAAAGAAUCUUGCAUAUUCAACUCACAACUUAGAAUUAUUUUGCUUUAAAAAAGAAGAUUAAAGAAAUUCCCUAGGAAGCUGUAUUUUACAGCUGACAUAAGAUAUUAUUUUAAAGCAAAUUAUAUUAUUGAACAGAUGCCAGGAAGAUACAAGUCUCCCGUAUUAGCUACAGUGUGUGACAAGUGAGUCAUCUUAAUCCUUCCAUGUUAAAGCAUUUAAGUCUGAUUCCUGGAAUAUUUAACUGAAUUAUUUAUGAUUUCACCUGCUGUUACAGUCUCCAUCUGCCACCUAUCAAUGUCUGAGAUAUGCAACACAAGACUGUAGGUUUUGCCUAAUACUUUGUGUAUGUGUCCCCACAGACAUAAGCCUUGCAUCUAAUAACAGUGGCAGCAAAAAUAUAUGCCUUGUAGCAGUUGACUCAAACGAACAGCAGACAAAUCUCAGCAUUUAUUAUUACCAGAUGGCGUUGAAUAGUUUUGAAGCAUAAAAGUCUAUCUCUAAGUUCUUUGCUUUAUUUUUAAAUUAAUGUAACAUGAUUCAGAGGGAUGAAUUAAUAUAUUUAUGACAAAAAGAAUACUGCAGGCUUCUAAAUAUCUAAUGAUUUCCACUGUGUUAAAUUCAUACACAUUGUUAAACAGAGUCAAUGUUAUGUUACUUAUUACAUUUCUAGAGAUUGAAGUACUAAAAUCUACUUUGAAAAAGUAAUUGUGUUCAGUUAUUGACAAAACCUACAUGUGAUGGGCUGGGAAAGUGACUUUUUUUUUUUAAUAAAAGAUGUUUAACUAUUAAUUUCCACAAUGUAAUGACAGUUUAUUUUACUGAAAUACUAAGUUGGAUAGACG